CCAUCACUAGGCCCUAUCCACCGCCACCGCCCACCAGAUUUCGCCAGAUCUCCAGCCCCACCCGGCCACCCCCACAUGUGGACGGACUCCGCCGAGUUCUGAAGCGAAGAGCUUGUGCCAGCAUAUCCCAUCCGUCUCGCUCUCCGAGGUCCACCACGCUUGUUCUCCGCUUCCCCACCCCCAUUUUUAUCCCACUUGCUCGGCGCUGCCCCCAUUUUUAUUCCUCCCCGCGCCUCGAACUCCACAGGCCGCAGCCCCACCACCGUCUCGCCGAUAUUAGCUCCGGCUCCGCUUUGCUUGCCUCCUCAGUUUUCACCUUUUUUUUUCCCUCUCCCUCUCUCAGGUUCCAGUGUACGGACUCUGUUCAUUUGGCUGUUUUUACAUCGGGCGCUCUGCUUUUUGAGAUUUUUUUUCGUGCCUGCAACAGCAACGAGUGCAUACUCUACUCCUCCUUCCUUCCUCCCUCUCUUUCCCCGCCCCUUCCUUUCCUCCUCCCGCUUCGGAUUCCCAACCCCAGCAGCUCAGGCUCCCGCUCCCGCUCCCCUCACAGCACCAGCAGCCCAAAACCCUAGCCACACCGCCCACGCAUGGCCUCCCCCGCGCGCCCCGCCGCCGCCUCCGUCUCCGUCUCCGGCGCCUUCGGCCUGCCCCCGGACGCGCGCUGCUCCUACGACCAGCCCCGCCGCCGCGAGGACGAGAGGCUGGUGCGGACGUUCGUGGCCGCCGCCUACGGGCAGCCGCAGCCGCAGCAGCAGCAGGACGGCGGCUUCUACCCCAAGGACGCCGUGAUGGCGGCCGUGGAGGAGUGCAUGCGGAAGCAGGCCGACGCGCUGCUGCACUCGCUCGACGGCAUCGGGGGCAGGCUCUCGCAGCUCGAGCUCUACUGCUACAAGCUCGAGAGGUCCAUCGGGGAGCUGCGCAGCGACGUCAUGGACUACCACGGCGACAGCACCGCCAACUUCAGAUGCAUCGACAAGAACCUCAGACAGGUCCACAAAUCCUUGCAGGUUCUUCAGGAUAGGCAGGACUUAGCUGAAACUCCAAGAGAACUCAGCAAGCUUCAAAUAGCACAUGAGGCGGCCUCUCAGAAGGGUGAGGCCACCGGUUUUUCUGUGCUCACGCCAAGGGAAAAUGACCACAGCACACAGGCUCCAAAACACGAGGUCACCCUUUUGCCGCUUCACCAAGUUAACGGGAUGCAGUCCCCUGCCGUGCAGGUCCAAACCAGCAACGGGUUUGUUUUGCAACACCUAGUGCCUGUCACUUUGGGAACGCAGCAUGAUCAGCAGCAGUUGAACCAGGCUCCUGUGUACUAUGUGCAAAGCCCGGAUCAUGUGAAAUCCACUGAGAGCAAGGCGCUGGAACCUUUGGUUCAAGUUGUGCAGCCACUUGUCCACAACCCUGAAGCCAUGGUUCAAGUUGAGCUACCUCAGAAAUCUAGUCAAGCGACUGAAUUGUACCCUCAGCCUCAGAAUCACAGACUACAUAUGCCUACCCAGCAGGUUGAUUCGCAUACAUGGCAUCCCCAACAGCCCAUGGUGCAACAGCAGCAAUACAUUAUUCAACAAGUUUCACGACACAUGGCUCAACAACAGUCCUCAUCUCCUCAGUCUCAGAGUGCUCAAGCCACACCCUUGUUUCCUCCAUUCAGUUCCCCGAAGCCUGCAAGUUCUAACACUGAACCAAUUACAAGAAGUAUGGCUGGGCAGACUCCAUACUCUUCAUCGCAGCAGCAGCAGCAGCAUGAAGUUGCCCAUUCAUUUUAUGGCCAAGGCAAUACAAUAUUGCUUCCCGUAGCAGAUCAUAAUGCUCAGCAUCAGCAACCACAAUCAGUGCAGCUACACAGCCAGGGCCCCUGUCCACCUCAACCAAGCAAGCCCAGUCACUGCAGUGUUGCAUCCUAUGCUGUUCAAGGAAAUGGCCAGACCUACAGCUCCACAUACAAGAACCCUUCUAACUGCCCUGCAACUGUUGUAGCUCUUCUGCCUCAGCCUCCAGCUACUGCUUCUAUGGCGUAUCAUCCCUUGGGACCACAGGUCGUGCACAACCAUCCAUUUGGAAAUUUGGUUGAAACAGCUAGUGUUGUAGGGUAUCCACGGGAUCAAGUUGAGAUACUCCCAGUGGUUACUGCAGCCCAACCUGUAAUGGUUGAUAAGCUUAAUGCUGGCAGCAAUGUAACAUCCCCUCGUGAGUGGUCAGCAUAGUGGACAAUGUGCGAUGGUAGACGGUACAUUUCACUGCUUCCACAACUUACUAGUAUACAUAUAUUGCAGUUGGAAGCACAUCAGGUCUAUUUUAUCUGGCUCCUUUUUUUCCCAUCAGCCAGCAGAUUAGAACAGAUCCUUCUACCUUUUUCAGCUGAAGGUCAAUCUGAAAUAAGAAAAGUAGGUUAGCUGAGUGAUCACUGUUGGCAUAUGUCCUCACUUUUAAUGGACAUAUCUCCUUGUAACCGAACUUAUAUGCAUUUCUUAUAUGAAUAUGAAUAUAUGACGGGUUUACAUCA